GCUACAUGUACACGUACAAUUCGACCCAUAGGAAUCUACAAUCGCAACAAAUUUCCAGCAACAUAUCGCAAUGAGCGACGGACUCAACCCAACUGGUCCAAGCCAUCCUGGUCCUAACCAAGUCUACGAAGUCUCUGGUAACCCCGCCUCGAAAUCCCCAGCCGAAGAAGCCAAAGCCCAAAUAAAUUCUCAAACCGAUGAUAGCAAUGCAGUAGCACAUCGCGGCCCCGAACGAUCCUCGUCGAGUGAAGCAAUACCCACAUCCCGAGCCCGCGGCGUGCACGGUGCUCCCCCAGGUGAAGAAAGCCUUCCUGGCGGAGCUCAGACGCAAAAAGAGCAGGAUGAGAAGGAGUUGGACGCAGCUCAGAUGGCUGCUCCUGGUGAAGGGAAAAUCAGCAGUGCUGUUCACGCCAAAGCUGGAGCUUCGGGGAGCCAGCCUGGACUCGAAUCAGACUUGGACAAGAAGAAGAAGGAGCAGGCGCCUGCAAGAGAAGCUAUGAAGCAGGAGAAGCAGAAUAAAGUCGACGUGGGAGGAGUGUUGGGUCAGAGAGGUGGCCCGGCUGAAACGGUGGGAAACAGGAAUUGACGCAUAGUCGAGUAAGGAAGCCCACGAUGUGAGCCAAGGGCACUUUGGUAAAGAUUCGGCGCUGUCGCAGAUUCGAACGAAACAUAUAUGUCUGCGAGUGGUGCACUGAGCGAUAUGGUAGACAGGACGUGCCGUUGUGUAUGAGUGCACUCGCAGGCCGGGAACAGUCCGCACACAGUGCAGAGCAAUUGGAUAAGUGCUGUACAGAUUCAAGUGGCUGGAUUUCACAUAAAAUCCAGACAGGAUAUCCUCCUUCUCAGUCCUGCUGCUGCUGCUUCUUCUCCCAGCUGGAGUAGCUCGAAGUUGUAAAGCUAAUGUGAGGAUCGGAAGGCUGUCCAGCAGAGCAGUACUUGAGGAAUUCGCUUCAGAGCACUUGUUCAUUCCAACCUUCAUAUCGACCUAAGCAGUCACGAUGAGGGCGACUUUUCUCUCAUGACAGUCCAUUCCUCGCUUUGCACAAUCUCAAGUAAGAUGUGCGUGUUCAUAUGCUCCUCCCUUCAAUCUCAUCCACUCCUUUGAUCCUCACUUCUUUGAUCCUGAUAAUAGUAAAGCGAUGUUUACUCUUGACUGUCCGCGUAUGCCUCUGUCUUCUCUUCGUCUUCUCUUUGAUCCUGAGCGGUUCGCUUUCCACGCCCAUGACCACAGCCCUACACUCGUAUAAUCUAUCGUCGAUGUACGAGAAUUUCCCCUUUGCGAUAUGAGGGAUGAAAUGCGGUACAUCCUCAGGAGACGUCUCCAGCCCCUCAGAAGGCAUUACCCUCGAGGUGCUCGCCAGGCUCCCGGUCGUAGGAUCUAGUGUGGGUACAGUACGCUUCGUCGGACUUUUGAGUUGAGGCUCAGCAGCUGGUGCUUUCAGAGUGUAAUCUCUGCUGCCCAAGUUGACAGCGCGAUUUAAGCGAAUGACAUCUCCGGGUUCGACACCAUGCAUGUAGAAGGGUAGACGGACCGUAUCACCUUGUGUGAGGAGGUAUGGGUUGCCGUGGAUAUGGGCAGUGAUGUAGUGCGGUCCCUGUGAUUGCAUGAUGGGCAGUAGUUCGCGCAUGGAGCGGCUGAGUUUGAGAGGGUCUGAAGCCGAGCUUGGUCUGGGGGCCUUGGUGGUUUUGCGAGCUGGAGAGGCUGUAGCAGACAGAGCGGUCCGCUCCAAUUGUUCCUGGAGUCGUAGAAGAGAUGAUGAAGACGCUUCAGUCGAUUUCGCAGUCCCGCUCGGUGGAGGAGGCAGUCCUUCGUUGGCUGUAUGCGUCGACGCAGAGGGCGAGACGGUGCUCAGGCUGGCGGUCCAUGGCAGCAGGAAGGUCGGAGGCAGCGGAGAGCCCGUCUCACACAGCACGCGCCGGAGAGUACGAGACAGCAUGGUUGUCGCGUUGAUGAUGGUGAUGAUGAUUACCUGAUCC